AUGAAUGUCGACGAGCUGUUUAAAAACGCCGGAGUUCCCAGCAAACGCAAGGCGGAGCCCCUUCGCGAUCCAAACGAAGUCUACAAGUCCGCCAAACUUUCCUCCAACGGCAGCCGGCACGCGCAGGUAGAAGAAGAAGAAGACGACACAGAAGCUGGCCCAGCACCGCCUCCCGAAGACGGAGAAGAUGAAGGCGACUACGGCCCCUCAGUACCACCAGUCGAAGAUCACGGCGACGAUGAAGAAGGCCGCUUCUUUGGCGGUGGCAUAACCGCCCAAGAAAAAGAAAUUCUCGAUUUCAUGGACACCAACACCACCAACCCAGCCGAUGACCUCUUCACAACAGACAAGAUUGACCUCUCGUGGCUCAAGAAAACCGCCCUGAACUUCGAGAAGCGCAUCACCCGCAACGCCGAGCUGCGCGCCCGUCACGAAGACGAUCCCUCGAAAUUCAUCGACUCGGAAGCCGAUCUCGACGCUUCCAUCAAGGCUCUCUCCAUCCUCUCCGAGCACCCGGACCUCUACGCCGACUUUGCCCGCCUCGGCUGCGUCUCCAGCCUCGUCUCUCUCCUCGCUCACGAAAACACCGACAUCGCCAUUGACGCCGUCGAGAUCAUCAACGAGCUAACGGACGAAGACGUCGCCGCCUCCGACGAGCAAUUCUCCGCUCUAACCGAUUCUCUCCUCGAAGCCGACCUCCUCGGUCUCCUCGUCAGCAAUUUCUCCCGCCUAGACGAACAACACGAAGCCGACCGCACAGGCGUCUACCACGCCCUGUCGAUAAUUGAAAACCUCUGCUCGCGCCGCGAAACAGCAGACCAAAUCGGCAAACACACCGAGCUCCUCGAAUGGCUUCUCUCCCGCGCCAAGAAAUCCGAAGCCCCAACCGUAUCACAAAAUAAGCAAUACGCGGCCGAGAUCCUCGCCAUCCUCGUGCAGUCCUCCCCCGCCAAUCGCCGCCGCUUAGCUUCCGACGAGCUCAACGCCGUCGACACCCUCCUCACACUCAUUGCCCCCUACCGCCGCCGCGACCCCGAGCGCGGCUCCUUCGAGGAAGAAUACAUGGAGAACUUGUUCGAGUGCUUAACAUGCCUUGUAGACGAACAGCUCGGCAAAACCAAGUUCGUCGAAGCCGAAGGCGUGGAACUGUGCUUACUCAUCCUCUCCUCUUCCGACGUCAAAGGCAAACUCUCCAAGCCAGCAUGUCUACGACUCCUCGACCACGCGGCCUCUUUCUCGCCAGAAGUCUGUCUCAAGAUCGUCGAAGCCGGCGGUCUCAAGACGUUAUUCACACUAUUCAUGUCAGGCGACAAGUCCGACAAAGACAAGAAGAAGUCUAAGGUGCAAAUAUCAAAACAAGACACCGAACAUCUUCUCGGUAUCUUCGCUUCCAUGUUGCGGCACUUACCCGCUGCUUCCCCUACUACCGCUGGUGCCGCAGCAGAAGACGAGACGACAGGGGCGGAACGUAUCCGCUUGCUAGCAAAGUUCGUAGAAAAGGACUACGCCAAGACAUCAAAACUGAUCCGUCUCCGCCGGGACUACGCCGCUCGCGUGAGCCAAGUAGACGAAGCGCUCAAAGCCGAGGCUGCCUCAUCAAACCCAGAAGAUUUUGACGAAGACGACGCCUUUUCUCGGAGGUUAGACGUUGGAUUGUUCUGUCUGCAGACGAUCGACGUGAUAUUGGCAUGGUUGAUCGCUGAAGAUACUGGAUGCCGGGCAAAGAUUAGGGAGUUGUUGAAGGAUCGGGAUGAGGACUUUGGGGUGCUGGCGAAGACGUUGAAGGAGCAGAGGGAUGGUGUGGAUGGGGAGACAGAGGAGGGAAGGGAUACGGGGGAGAUGUUGAAGGCUUUGUUGGAGUUUUUGGAGUAG